UCCCUCUCUCUCCCUCCUUCUCCUUCAUUCAUCAUUCCAAGAACUAUCAAACAUCAAUAGCUAUACAAAUCCAUUUUCACUGUCAAUCACAAUACCAUCAUUCAGAUUUCCAUUUACGACUUCUACCUAAUUAUAAUCCAGCCUUCGUACAUAUUCCUCCUUUAUCCUUCUAAUCCGGAUAUCAACAUCGGAUAUCAGCCUCAUCCUUAUCUGACUCACUCACCGAGCACAUUCUCCUUUCAUUCAACAGAACCUUUAUAUUUUGAUUCAAAGGACUAAUAAACCGACUUACAGCAUUACACACAGUCUUACUGCUACUCACCACUUAAUUGUGUUCUGAUUCGCAGUUUCUGAUCUUGGAACGUGUGACUCUAUUUCCCCGUGCCGCAACUACUCGUUACAGUCAUCCGGCCAAAGUCUGAAUCAUCUUAUUCACGAAUCUUCUACUUUAUUCUUUAAUAAAACUUUAUUUCUCUUUUAAUAAACUUGCCUCUACGAACAUCCUACGAAUCUUUUACACGGUGCCAGGUUCUUUGAAAUCAAAGAGCAGAAACGACACAACACAGUACCCUACGGUACAAUACGAUAAGUACGUGAACGGAACGGAAAGGAAGACAUUCAUAUAUCUAUUUUAAGGAACAACCAAUACAAAGAAAGGUUUCUUUCUAUCUCGGCCUCAUCUGUUAUUAAAGAAGCAUCUCUCAAUAAGCAUUCCAAUCUCACAACUUUGCGUCAUACCAAUCUAUCAACCAAGAACAGAAAAGACGUACAACAUGUCUGCCAUUACAUCUAACACUCCAACCUCUCCUAUUCAACAUCGAGACAUUCGAUCUGAGGCCCAAGCCUUCAAACGUGAUAAAGAUCACUCCCAGAAAUGGGUUAUGGGGGUUCGCCCACUAGCCGGCGUGAACAAGGCCUUCACAAGUCUGACUGAUGGUCCUAGCGAUGCAUCUGCUAAGGGAAAGGAGAAGGUUAGACCUCAGAAGCUAUGGAGUCAAGUUGGCAGCUCCGACCGACAUUAUCGUAACAGUUCCAACGCUCCUUUAAAACCAUCCGGGUUUCCAUUUUACAACCACGGUCUCACAUCUUCUUCCCGUAUCGCCCGCAAGAUCGAUGCCCAUGUUGAGGCUGCAGAUAAGACCUCCAACCCCCUCUCUAGAUCUUUACUCGAUCUUCUUCCUACACAUUACAAUAAUACAUCUCCAUCCAUCACUACCACAAUCAUGGAUACCGGUGACGAGGGUGUUCUUUACUCUUUUGAUAGAACAGACACGCCAAGUAACAGAGUGGACUUGGGUGGCUUGGUAGACCUUGCGGAGCAGAGAUGGGUUAAUGAGCAAACCGAGAAGAUCGUCAGGGGUGAAUAUGAGGUUUUGGAUGCAGAAGGAGAGACAGUUCUUCAAAGACAAAGAGGUAGAAAGAGUCCCAGAUCAAAGGCUCUUUCUCGUACUCGUGAAGACUCGAAGACUAAGACUCAUAAAUCAGAACCACUUGAGGAUGAUGGAUUUGAACUUAUCUAGUCACGAAUCUCGGCAUGAGUCUGGCAGAUAGUGAUCUCUACUUGAUUGUUAUGGUUACUCCAGCAUUGUAUUCUCGUACAGUACAACUUGCAUUGAGCCACAGGCUUUCGGAGUUAAUUGUUAUUUUUCCUUUCUUACAUCUGGCAGUUGGCGCGCACACAAGCAUAGGAUACCGGCAGGCAGCUUACUUUGGAGUUUUUAAUACACAGAGAAGGAUAGCUAGCCUUUGAUCUUUAGUUUCAGUUUCUGCACAGGCAUUGAUAGAUUGGCCUGAGGUCUGAUUUUUGUAUCUUAUUCGGGUGCAUUGUGGUUAUUGAGGUUUGCGUGGUGCAUAGCAUGGAUAGCUUACCGGUCUAGAGAUUGGGAGGAUAGCUUGGUGCUUAGGUGAUCCUUUCAUCGGGGCUUUUUGACGAGUUUUUGGGUUGAUGGCGUGUACAGCAGGAAUGAAUGGGACGGUUGAUACAUUGAGUAGUUCAUCUCGAUAGUGUUGAUAAGGAUCAGGUGUUAUACGCGGAGAUCGCAAUAUCAUACCUAUGACCCACCAGACUUUAUUGGAAACUUCUUGCGCUAUGCUACUGCGAUUUCCUCAAUCUAUGGUUUGAUGUGCUUAUUCGCCCAGUGGAGAUGGCUCAUACCGAGCUAAGUUGGACAAAUAUGGCGAUGUCGUCUGAUUUGACUUUUGCAAAACUGUAGAAUGUAGGAAGCGAUAUCUGCGAUCAGGACUACAACAUUUUCAUCCACCUUGCUACACUACAGUGCACUUGCGAGUUUUGUAAAUGUAUCCUCAGUAUAUAUUCUUCGGCAUAAUAGUGAUCUAGCUAUGGGGUCCAUGAAGGGCGA